UCCAAAACUUAGUACAUAAGAAGUUAACGCCAAAGAAAAAGAAGGAAAAAAAUGACUGCCAAAGUUUCGGGCGACGGCCUGAAGAGGAAACGAAUUCCCACGAAGGAGAAGUCAAAGAAGCGCGCCAAAUCGGAAUCCGAGUCCGAGUCUGAAGCAGAGAGCGAUGAGAGCAACGACCCUCAGGCUGAGAUCCUGCUGCUCGAAAAUGAAAUUUUGGAAUCCAAGAAGCACUACAACAACAUUACAAAACUCAUCCAAAUCGCCGGAACGCAGGAAGAUGAGCCCGAGGCUGCGACCCUAGCCUGCGUGGCCCUGUGCAGAGUUUUUGUGAGAUUGCUCUCGGCGGGAGCACUCGUCUUCAGGCCAGGACAGGCUGAGAAGGAGAAGGUGGUCGUGCAAUGGUUGAGGGAGCGGUAUCUUGAGUACAAGGGCGUGCUCGCUUCGCUUCUCGAGGAAGAAGAAUUGGCGUCGACUGCGUUGACGCUGGCUAUGAGGUCUCUCAAGGCCGAGGCUCAGCACUUUACCGAGAAGGAGGAGUACACGUUCCCUCACGUCUUUAUCGAGCAGAUUGUGAGGGGCCUGUUGGCAUCAGACAGUGAUGAUGUUCGUGUCGAGUUUGUCGAGAAAUACUUGACAGAAUACGACGACAUUCGCUUCUUCACAUUAAAGGCCGUCAAAUCUCUGGCCGAGAACCCCGGGUCUCUGCCCAAAGAGGUGUUUGAUGACGCUUUCGAGCUGCUCUCAAACAUUGGGGACGUGCCGAAGGAACUAGGAAACUUCUACGCCGAAAACCCCAAGAAGAAGUCUCAUAACGUCAACUCUGUGCACCAGCACAAGAAGCAGGGUCAAGACGCCUGGCUUGCGGUGUUGAGGUUGGCAUCGACGAGGGAGCAGCGGAAGCAGAUUCUGGACGCAAUGUCCAAGGAGAUCGCCCCGUGGUUCAUCCGCCCAGAGUUGCUCGCCGACUUCCUGACGGAUUCCUACGACGCGGGUGGCUCCAUCUCGCUGCUCGCGCUCUCUGGUGUCUUUUACCUCAUCCAGGAACGCAAUCUCGACUACCCGUCAUUCUACACCAAGCUCUACUCACUCCUGGACCGGGACAUCCUGCACUCCAAGUACCGCUCAAGAUUCUUCCGGCUGAUGGAUACCUUCCUCUGCUCGACACAUUUACCCGCGGUGCUGGUGGCGAGCUUCAUCAAGAGGCUCGCUCGGCUCAGUCUCAACGCUCCCCCGAGCGCCGUCGUCUUCAUCGUGCCCUGGAUGUACAACAUUCUCAAGAGGCAUCCUCUGUGCACGUUCAUGAUCCACAGGGAGACGAGAGAUCCGCAGAUCAAGGCGCUCAUGGAGACCGAAGGCUUGGAUGACCCGUUCCUAGCAGACGAGGCCGAUCCCAUGGAGACGCACGCCAUUGAUAGCUGUCUGUGGGAGAUUGUGCAGCUGCAGUCGCACUACCACCCCAACGUGGCGACGAUUGCCAAGAUCAUGUCGGAGCAGUUUACCAAGCAGUCCUACAACAUUGAGGACUUCCUCGACCACUCAUACAGCAGUUUGCUCGAGGCCGAAAUGGGCAAGCAGGUCAAAAAGCCGCCCGUGAUUGAAGUCCAGAUCCCCAAGAAGGUGUUCCUUCCAAAUGAGCCGGAGUCCGGGGUCCAAGAUAACCUCGUGGCGAAGCUGUGGAGCUUCCAGUAGACUUCACUAGUAUGGGAUGAGCAUGAGUUGGUAGGAGAGAUGCUACCAAGGCUGACGAACAGCGUUUCCCUUGUACAAAGACAGAUUGGCAUUCUUGAUAUCCGGGCGCGGCAUGGAGGCAUGGAUGGUUCUUGAAAAGUUUAGACAUUACGGAUAGGCACUUUUACCACUAUCAAAACAAGGCGCUUAUUGGGCAAAGCAGUUCAACAUUGUGUAAGUGCCUGUGAUGUGAG